UAGCAGUUGAAAACUAAGUGCAAAGCUAUAAAAUAGCGAAUUAAUUUAAAGAAAUAUUACCAAUUAUCACAUGUAAUUCGAAAGAAUUUGUAUCCUCAACUAGUCAAUUAAUGGUUUACUGUAAAUCUGCAAUGGAUGAGCAACCUUAAAACUUAGGUUGGGGACAGCUCGAGGAAGAUGAUCACGCGUCAGGUCAGACGUUAGACAUAUCUUUGUUUUAGGAGGAAAGGUAGGGAUGAAAUAGGCGAAUUGGGUCUGCAAGCGGCGGAAGCCGAUCGUCUAAGUCAUCGAGUCAUUUAUUAGGGCCCUUACAAUUUGCGUUGAUGUCGCUAUGUCCAUCAUUGAAUUCGAUCGUAGUCGAACAAAAUAAGCAAGAUUGUACAAGGGAAAACAAUUCUAUUGACAUGUUGCGAAGGAAGCAAAGUAGCAAAGCAACUUCUUUUGAGCCGGCCAAAUGCCAAAAACUAUGCAAGAUUAUGUAAUACCAGUCGUCGGUGGAUUAGAAUUUAGAUUGCUAUGGUUUAUCAGAUCAUAUGUGUAUAUCUAUAUAGAGGCCUCCUAGGCUUUGGGGGCCGGGGCGGCCACCCCUCUGGGGCCAGCCCUGCAUGCCAUGCCAUGCCAUGCUUGAGGCAUCGAAUCGGUAACGCAAGGGAAGGGUCGUGGGCCUCUUUGUCCAACAUGGUCCACGGGGGAAAGCAGCAGGCCCUGACCCGCACAACAGAGGAGUACAUACUCUGGAACCAACGGUCGGCUAGUGGAGGAGAGGAGAAGCGGGCGCCGGCCGGAAACGCACGCCUUCGUCGUCUCGCCCUCCGUCCAUCCAACAACGGUCAUAUUACCGUUGUACAGCCACGCCACCAUCCCAACCAACCCUUUAAAGCCACGUACAUCCCCACGCGCCUCUCCCCACCUCCCCCCCUCUCUCAUCAUCGUCGUCUCCUUCCUCGCGCCGCCGCUUCAGCAGCAAGAAAGCACCGCGCCGAUGGAGACGCCGCUGUCCACCAGGCGGAUCACCCGCUCGCUCGCCGCCGCCGCCCAGAAGAGCGCCGCCGACUCCGCCACCCGCUUCUCCAGGGCCAAGAACGCCGCCGGGGAGCGCGCCGCGCUGCACGACAUCACCAACGACUCCCCAAUCGUCGGCCUCGCCGCGGGCGCUCUGCACGCCGCAGCUGACAAGACGCCCGCAUCCACCGCCGCCAAGACCCGCCCCAGGCCCCGCCGCACGCCCGGCUCCGGCGAGGCGCUCCUGCGCGGUCAGGUCAAGGCGCUCCUUCACAAGGUCGAGGAGGAGCAGGGCUGCGCCGCCGCCGCUCUCGUCAGGCCCGCGCGCAUCCAGGCGCUCCUCGGCGUCUCCAGGUCGCCCGCGCAGCUCCUCGCGCCCACGCCGGCCAACACGCCGCAGCUCGGCCCCGUCUCUGCUGCCAGGGAAGGCCUCCUGCUGCCUGAUGGAUCGGCGGUGAUGCCCUGCGUCCUCGAGAACGUGGAAUUGCUGCUUCCGAAGCUGCAGGUCAUUGCAGCUUCCCUACCGCCGCCGGCUGCAGAGGAAAACCUCGGCGAGUCCCAGCUGCACCGUGCCCUGGUGUUCGAUGACUCCCCUGGGAAAUCCGACUCGUCCCAUGGGUCGGUCGUCUCGUCGUCCCUCACGUUCCAUGAGAGCAGCAGCGGUAGAUACACGGGCAAGUCAUCGUCGUCUGAGGACGACAGCUCCUCGGCGUGGUCCAUUCAGGCCCAUGCCAGCUCCGAGAAGGGUGAUGAAGAACUCGGCGAAGGCACCGUGGAGGAGCUGGGAGAGUACACGGAAGAGGAAGAGUGGGGAGAAGACAGUGAUGAUGACUGCUUCGAUGAUCUGUGCGAGGAGAUGAGCAGGAUGACUGUGUUUGAUGAAGAGGAGAAGGCUGGGCUGCCGCAGUUCGAGGGGAGGCACACCCGGUUCGUCUACAACAGCGACGACGAGAUCGAGAGGGACGAAGUGGUGGAUGCAGCUGAGGCAAGGGCGGAGCUUGGCGCCUUGGUGCUCAGGGGCCUGCCGGUGCCGGAGGGGAGGCAUCUGCGCUUCCACGAGGAGGAGGAUGAUUAAGCAUAUGCAUAUAACAGCUGUUCAGAUUUGGUAUCUGCAGUGGUCGUCAUUCCCUGACACCAACCAGCAUUCUUUUGGGGUCUCUGUGCUCUGUUUCUACAUUCUGGUUCUGUUUGAACUUUGGAUUCAUAUUUCAAUUCUUCAGAGAACACACAUUGUCUUACCAAUUCAACUCAGCAUAUCUCUAGUUACUGACAAACCAGCAGCAUUUGUUGUCCGAAUUUCUGCUCCCAAGAGAGGAAACGCAUUUCUGCUCUGUGUACUCAUCAAACUUAUUUGUUUGCGGUCAUGGGUGUAAACGUAAUCAGGUGGAGAUUAUUUUGUGUUGUGCAGUCAA